ACUGGGUCCCGAUGGCCGGCCAAGAUGUCGUCUGCAUCUCGGCAUUGUUGAUCAUUAUUUUCCGGCAAGGUUGACGAUAUUCCGAACGAUAUUCGAUGGUUAAUUCAAUUUAAAACCAGCAACUAUCGCUACGCAAGCACUAUAUUAACCACUCUCAUAUCAAAUUAUCUCGAUAAUGGCUGCCAGCCGUGAAACUGAGGUACAAAACCUGAAGGAACGUGGUAACGCCUGCGUUAAGGAGCAAAAAUAUGCCGAAGCGAUGUUCCACUAUACGCACGCAAUAAAACUGGACCCCAAGAACUUUUCGUUGUACAGCAACCGGUCUUUGGUAUUUUUGAAAAUGCAGCAGUACCACUUUGCCAUGGAAGACGCGAUCAUGACCAUUCAGCUGAAACCCGAUUGGACAAAGGGAUACUACCGUAAGGCGGAAGUCGAAUCACAGACCUUUCGAUUUAGCGAAGCUCUUCAGUCCUACAGCAAGGCUCUCAGUCUGCAGCCAAAUGACCCCAGUAUUCUAGACGCCAUGAAAAGGGCUUCGAAGCAGCUCAUCAAAGAUAGGAGAGCCGACCAACAGAUACCUUGGUUGGGUGCUGGGGUGGGAAUAAUACUGGGUGUCAUCGUGGUGAUUGCCGAUUACGUCUUCACUAACAAACCGACCUUAACGCACCCUUUACUGAUGGCUCUGCUUACCAUCGCCAUCGCCAUGCUCGGAUUUGGGAUCGCGAAGGGUUGCCGUUAUUUCGUAAAAUGUCAAAGACGGUCGCUGCUUGAGCCGCCGGUGGAUCUCCUGCAGGAGGGCAGCAAGGAAGAACCGGAAGAGUCGCAGCAGGAGCAGAUGAGCAAUGAAGACAGAGACAAGCAUCCGAAAUAUAGUAAAGCUCAGGCAAGACAGCGCUUCAAGAAAGGAAAGUCGUAACAAAACGUGGCAAACGAUUUCUUCUUCAACGUAUUCUAGAUCCCUGCGGACGGUUUAGGAUAUUCCCGUCGUUUAUCUUUGCCCUUUAUCCCAUAUCCGUCGUACACGUCUUACAAUUAGAGACUUUUACAAACACCGCGUAUAAUCACUUGCACGGUGGCCGCAGGGAUACGACGAAUUAUUUCAAUUGAUAUAACAUACUAUAUAGGAAAUAUUAUAGGCGAGUUCGAAGCGUUCUUCACCAUUCCGCAAUGAUUCCACUCUCUCACCAUAAAAUUCUUAGUUAUAUAGCACGUGCGAGCAUAACUGUUAUUAGGUUGACACAUCUACUUUUGGUCACUUAUCUACGCAACUUUCGUGAUUUUUCCCUUAUUCUUAAUAAUACGUAAUAUAUUACCAUUGCGUGAGAAUAGCGCUGUAGCGUAUACCUUCGCUCGAUUUAUUCAAGGGGAUAAAAUUAAUUGCUCGGUGAAACAACAAAUCCGAAAAAUCUACAAAAGUGUUUAUUCAACCGCGAUAUCGCGAGUCAAUUAAUGUGGAAUACUCAGCGGAAAAUCAUUUUUAUAUCCGCGCGUUAUGCGGGUUGCAAUCGGGACUAUUGCACUAUAGGUCAAUGAACAAUAUGUGCAGCAAAUUUAGUAUAAACAAUGUAUUGGGUACAUAUAUAGCUCCCGUUUUCUACCAUAUUUGUACGAUUUAUUGAAUUAUAAUGAAUGUAUGCUGUAUAAAUAAAUAGACGUCAGACCGA